AUGGAAUCCAAUAGAUCUAGACCUAAUUCUUCAGCUUUGGAUCUAAGGUAGCAACUCAAUCAAAGAGGAAGAGUCUCAAAUGAUCCAUAAAUAAAGUACAAUAAUUUGACUACUAAUAACUUCACUGGCGAAGGAGGAUUACUACCAAAUUUAAGUGACAAAUUUUCGUUUGUUUAAGAUGAAUAAGCUAUUCGAUCUCGGCAUGAAAAUAAACCAAAAUCAGCUCACCCAAAUAAAAGAAGGAUAAAGCAAUAACUAUCUCCAACAGAGCUUAAUAAAACAAUUGGAGUUACAGUAGGCUACUAAGCAAAUACUAUAUAGCAUUAGCAAAGAGUAAUGAACAUUGGAGUUCAUGAAAAUGCUAUAAAUCAAAGCUUUGAGACAAGGAUAAAAGACAUAUAUAAUGCAAGAGAAUCGUCCACUAAACUUAAUCCUAAAGUUAUUGAAACUUGGAUAAAUGAGACCCUUUUAGAUGCUGAACAUUUGGAUAUUCCAGGAGUUGUUUUGAAACCCGAGCAUAAAAAUCCAAUUUCUAGAUAUAUGAUCGAUCGUCUAACUUUAACUAAUGCUGGAAUACCUAAUGAGUUUGUUGAUAGAAUUUAUAGAGGACUUUUCGUUUACAGUAUUGGCUUUUAUGAAAUGCUAUAAAAAUCACUUCACCAUGCUGAAAACAGAUAUACUUUACUCUCAUCUAUUUGGAAGGUAUUUGCAAUAUUGCUUGAAUACUGCUGUAAAUCAAACUACUAAAUGCUGAUAUCCAAAAUCUCUAAGGAACAUAAAGAGGAGCUUGAGAGAUUAGAAUCUUAGUUUAAUCAACAAGUAGAAAGAAUGUCUGAAAAUGAAAGAAAUCUUAAAGAAUCUUUAGAAAAUCUAUAGUAGAGAAAGGAUGAACUUCAAAAAUAAAAAGAAGAGGAAACCUUCUUAAGAAAAAAGAUAGAAGAAGAAUUCACUAAAAAUGUUAAAACACAUGAAGAAGAGGUGUAAUUAAGACUUAAAUUUGAGUCUAAAUUAAACAACAUGCACGCACUUCAUAGAGAUUUACAUGCUAAAUAUCAAAGAUCUCUUGAGGAUAUUUAUCAACUAGAAAACUAGAAUCACACUUUUAGCAAGCUAGUAUCUGACCAAAAAGCAGAACUGAUUGAGUUAAGAUCAGAGAAAGUUGAAAAUGAAAGUAAAAUUACUUACCAGACUGAGAGAAUCAAGCAACUAGUCCAAGAAAAUGAGCUUAAGCUUAGACAAAUAAAUGAUUUAGAGGUUAAAGUGAGCAAAGCAAACUCAGAUAUAGAACAGAAAAAUCUGAGUUUGAAAACAGCUGAGAAAAUGGUAAACGAGAUGCGACUUAAAAUUGAUGCAAAUAGAGCCCUAAUCGAUGGAUUGACAAGUGAAAAAAAUCAUUUAGAGUUAACUCUCAAAGAGAACAAAGACUAAAAAGAGCAGUUUAAAGAAAAAUGCGACAGAUUAUAAAGGCUUCAUGAAAGUGUGUUUUAAGAGAUGUAAGAGUAUAAAAAACAGCUAGUUGGUAUUUAAGAAAUUAAAAAAGAUAGAGAUGACCGUAUUGAAAAACUUAGAGAAGAAUUUGAGAUACUAACUAGAAACUAUGAUAUCCUUGAUAAGGAACACACUAGUCUUAAAGUUCAUCAUGAUCAUAUAUCUGAAGAGUUUUCAAACCUUAAAUUUGAUUAUGAAUCAGUUUCGGAUAAAUUGAAGAUAUCGAACAAAGUUAGAAAUGAAAAGGAGGAAUAACUUACCGAUAAGAUCAAUCUUACUCACUAACUUAAUGAAAUUAUUAAAGACAGAGAUUAUUAGAUUGAUAAGCAAAGGAAGGAGAUAGACAAACUAUCGAAAAGGUUGCAGGAAGUUGAAAGGUAGAAUGAUAGCUUAGAGAUCAAGAAAAAAUCUCUUGAUAAGUAAUCUGAGAUUCAGAGAAAACAACUAUUAGAUAAAAUCUAAAAUUUGAAUGAAUUGGUAUCUGCUGAAAAAGAUACUAGAGAGAUGUGGAUAAACAGAUCAAGAGAUUAAACUAAGGAUUCUAAUGAUGGUCUUCAAAAUCAUCUUACUCAGUUAAUGGCUAGGAAUGAAACUAUAGAAAGGGAUCUUUAUACAAAGACAGAAUUGCUUAGAACUGUGGAGGAUCAGCAUAAAAUUUACAUUAAGAAGCUUAGAGAUGAAUACAAUAAACUUCAUACAAGAUUAGAUUAUGAGGUAUAUUGCAAGGAUAUAGAAUUUGAAGAUUUGAGAAGUUACACUAGAAGACUAUUUGAACAUAAUGAUGAUCUAUAGAUGAACCUUGAUUUAACUUCAGAUUAAUUAAUAAAGAUGACAGAGAUAAGAGAUGGAUUAUUAGUUGACUUAAAUAAACUUUAAGAAGGUUUUGAUGAAUUAGGUAGAAAAUUUGGAUCAACAUCAGAAACUCUAAAAAAAGAAAUAGAAAAAAGUGGAGAUUUAGAUUAUCAAUGCUAGCAAUACAGUAGAUAAAUUGACUAAAUGCAUGAGGAAAUAGAAUUACUUGAGAAAUAGAUUGAAGAGUAAAAAGCUUUGGAGCAAUAAAACAAUAUAAUGGCAGAAAAAAUAAAACUUCUUGAAGCAUCAUUAGAGAUGGGUAGUGGAGCUAAUGACAAUGAAUCUGGAAGGAGAACAAGAGGGGCUUUGAUGAAUAGAGGUAUUUAAACCAAGAAAAUUAAGUAAAAGGAGAGAAAUUUACAAACAGAAGGAAUUGCAAAUUACAAUCUUCCCUAAUAAGUAUUAUUUAGCACAACCCAGGCAUCUACUCAUAAAAAUUCAGUGAGUGCUUAAAAGAAGCCUAGAAUAGCUAGUGCUGCUAACACAACAACUACUAUGGGAAUGAGUGGUAUUAAUCUUAUGAGAGAUCCUUCAUAAGGAAUGACAUCUACUAUUGGAAAUAGUUAGGGAGAUUUGUAUUUCUAAGAUGGAAUCAAUAUUGGAAGUGGUAGUAAUAUUCUAGACUAUGAUAGAGUUAUCAAGAGUGCUGCUCACAAAUAUAGACAUAUGAUUCCGAACACCGAAGCUAUUAUGGAAGAAGAGGGGCCUGAAAACCAAACAAGAAUAGGUGGUAUGUUCAAAAGAAAUUCUAACAUGAACGAAGAUGAUGAGAAUUAUGACAAAUUUCCUCUUAGAAAGACCACAACUGACUAUAUUUACGAAAGUAAUGGACAAAAUAAUUCAAAAGGCACAAUAUCAACUAACAACUUCAACAGACAAGAUUCAAUAGGACAAAGAAUAAUGAGUGGUCAAAGCUAGCCUACAACUGCCCUAUAAAAACAUUAAUAAGCAUCUAGACAAAGGCUAAGAGGAUAAAUGAAUCAAGGAACUUCCAUGGAACCAUAAAAGAGACCUCCUUCAACACAUUCAAGCAAGAGAAGUGGAGAAAUAAAGGAUGAUACUACAUAAGAGGUGCUUAAAUCUGUCUAUGAAAAGAGGGUGAAUAUGACUGGGGUUUAAAGAUCAGGAUAGAAUCAAAUUUAGUAACGACCAAUGACUCAACCAGAAUAGUAUCGAAACGUUUCAAAUAUAAUUAACUCUGGAACUGGAACGAGUAUAAUUGACAACAUUGACACAAUUUUCACUCCCUCGGAUACCUCUUAAAUGAACAAAUUUAAAUUCGACAACCAAUAGUACCAGCAGAAUUUGCAAUCUCAUACAAGUUCAAACUUCAGAUAAAGUUCAAAAACGAAUGAGAAAUUUGUCAGAGGAAGACCUUCUAUAAAAACAUUGAUUAAGGUAGCCACUGCAAGAGAUAAUUGA